CUCCCUUCAUCCCUCCAAUCCUCAUCUGUUCCUCAUAGGAGCAGUGGAGAGAGUGAGUGACGGAGGAAUAUCCCACUGUGUGUGAUACCAAAAGUGAAUGAGCGGGAGAAAGUGUGGCAACAGGCGGGCUGAACUUAUGACAACGACCAGAGGGAGACCGCUGGAGGAAGACUGAUUAAAGAUCUGCCCAAACACCUUGAGAGGAGUCUCCUAAUUGGAUUAUCAGCUUUCCUGCCACCUCUUCUCGUCUCCAUUGGUGACAGUGCCUAACAACCAUCGCCAUGGGUGAAAUGGAGCAAAUGCGAAAGGAGGCAGACAGUCUCAAAGACCAGAUCACUGCAGCUCGUAAGGCGGUGCAGGACACCACACUGCAAGAGGCAGUAGCCGGGAUCACCGUGGUGGGUCGUGUCCAGUUGAAGACCAGGAAAACACUAAGGGGUCACCUUGCCAAGAUCUACGCUAUGCACUGGGGCACUGAUACGAAGCUGUGUGUCAGUGCCUCACAAGAUGGAAAACUCAUAGUGUGGGACAGCAUUACCACCAACAAGGUGAAUGCCAUCCCUCUCAAGUCAUCGUGGGUGAUGACUUGUGCCUAUGCACCUUCGGGGAACCUAGUGGCUUGUGGUGGUCUGGACAACAUGUGCUCCAUCUACAACCUCAAGGGCAAGGACGGGAAUGUCAAGGUCAUGCGUGAGCUGGCGGCACACACAGGUUACCUGUCCUGCUGUCGUUUCCUCAGUGACACUGAGAUCAUCACCAGCUCUGGAGACUGCACUUGCGUACUAUGGGACAUUGAGACAGGGACCCAAAAGACCGUCUUUGCCGGACACCAGGGAGACUGCAUGUCCCUGGCCGUGUCCCCAGACUUCAAGUUUUUCAUCUCAGGGGCGUGUGACUUCACAGCCAAGCUUUGGGACAUCAGGGAGGCCGAAUGCAGACAGACCUUUGGAGGCCAUGAGAGUGAUAUCAAUGCAAUUGGGUUCUUUCCCAAUGGUAACGCAGUGAUAACAGGGUCGGACGAUGCCACCUGCAAGCUGUACGACCUGCGAGCCGACCAGGAGCUCAUCACCUACCAGGACUCUGGCAUCAUGUGCGGGGUGACCUCCUUGGCCCCCUCCCUGUCUGGACGCCUGUUACUGGCUGGAUAUGAUGACUUCAACGUCAACAUCUGGGACGCACUUAAAUCUGAGAGAGUGGGAGUGCUGGCUGGUCACGACAACAGAGUGAGCUGUAUCGGGGUGUCCUCAGACGGCAUGGCAUGUUGCACAGGAUCCUGGGACAGCUUCCUCAAGAUAUGGAACUGAGGCUGUUCCUCACCAGCAAGCAGAAAGAGAGCAGUUAACACCUGCCUGGGAGAAAGUGAAGAAGAUAAAACAAACAAAUUGGAGUUUCAGGGAGGGAUGAGGGACGAGCAGCCGCAUAGGGUGAGAAGAGGGUAUUUUAAUUGUGCCAAGUCCUAUCUAAUGUUGGAGAGGGGUUGUAAUGUGAAGAUUUUGUCCUCUCUCUGUCACAUCGCGCUCUCACCUUUCUUCUCACGUUAUGGGGGAAUUUGGGGUGGGACAAGGGGUUGGGGGGUCUCAGAAAAGAUCAUUCCUCAUAAUAGUUUGUUAUAUUGCGGUUCAAAUCGAUAACAUAUGCACAUUUAUUGCAGCAAUUCAGAGAUCACCCAACGAGAACAGUUGCCAAAAUGGAAAUGGUAGCACACUGGAUGAGAUAGAAUUGAAUAUGUGUCAAGUUACAGCCUGUGUAGGUUCACACUAGCUAUACUAAUAUGCUGUGUUUUAUAUCAAAGCAUAAGUUAUCUUAUAUGAAUAAUCUGAGCAUUUGCGUUUUUUGUUUCAGACUGUUGUUUGUUUUUAGUUUUUGGUAGAUUCCCUAGAUGCUUACAUUUACUUUCUUUUCAUUUUCUAACUUUAUUUAAAAUUGAGUUAUAGUUUGCAGAUGUCUACAUUAGUGUUUGAGUUGUUUUGUAUGUGAUUGAUGGACAAUAUUUACCAGGAUUUGGGGUCUCAUCAUUUGGCCUAACCCCCCUGCCGGUAGCUAGACCUGAAAAGUGCUUUGGGUAAACUGUUGAACUGACAGAUGGGAUAAUAAAAUGGUUCACUAAGCACUUACAAAAAAAAAAAAAAAUGACCCAUUUGUCUCAGGACAGGAGGACUUUUGUAUGAGUGUUAUAUGGAUGAUAACGUCUAUUGUGUGCAUAUGAGCAAUACAUCUGAAUCUGUAUAUGACUGCUUACCUUUUCCUCUGCGUUGUACAAGAUAAACUUGAAGGACAGUUUGUGUACAUACAGAAAAAAAAAAUUCUCUAAGUUCUGAGUAGAAUUUGGACUGCCUCUUUUCCAACACUGGAUACACACAAUGUGCAAAAUAAAGCAAUACUACCUUUCUUAAAGACUGUCUAAUAAACAUGGGAUUCUGCAUUAAA